UGACCCAUCUUUGUUGGACGACAGCAGCCGCUUGCCUGCUCGCUGCUCCACUGCCGCCUGCGGUUGUAGUUGACCAGCCUGUCCAGUCCUGCCAUAAAUAGCCAUUGUCACCUAUGCUGUGUCGUUCAGAAACGCAGUGCGGACAUUCAGUGUGAAAACAACUGCUUAAAGAGCCACAGCGGGUCGCGGCAUGUCACAUUUGACCUGUGUGCUGCUGUGAGGCUAAAGUUAGCCAGUAGCUUCUGUUGGCAGAGAGCCACACAAGAUGAGAACGUUUAGAUAGCAGUGGAUGACCAUCAGCGUCACUGCCAAGAUAAAGAUAUUUAACUCGGUCUCAUUCAAUUGGGAUUUUUUUCCCCUGUGUUUUUGAACUGGAUUGGCGAGAACUGGAGUCAGGAGUCAACCAUGCUAACGGCGUCCACUACCACCCGCCUUCUAGGAAGAGCCAACACUUGGCUCCGACGUAAACGGAUUUGUGUCAACAUGUCCUCCACCACCGGUAAGCGACUGCGGAUUCUGGUGGACAUGGACGGCGUCCUGGCGGACUUCGAGGGGGGGUUCUUAAAGAAGUACCAGGCCAGAUACCCGGAUGAUCCGUGGAUCUCUCUGGAUGACAGGAGAGGGUUCUGGGUGUCGACCCAAUACGGACAGCUGAGGAGUGACCUAUGCGAAAAAGCGAUGAGUAUCUGGCAGUCUAAGGACUUCUUCAUGGAGCUGGAGCCACUGCCAGGAGGAGUGGAGGCGGUAAAGGAGAUGGCAGAGAUGGAGAACACAGAUGUCUUUAUUUGCACCAGCCCCAUAAAACAUUUUAAGCACUGCCCGUACGAGAAGUAUGCUUGGGUGGAAAAACAUUUCGGAUUCGACUUUCUGGAUCAAGUCAUUCUAACCAGGGACAAGACGGUGGUCAGCGGAGAUAUUCUUAUUGACGACAAGCCUGACAUCUUAGGUGUGGAGCCCAAGCCUACAUGGGAGCACAUCCUUUUCGACGCCUGCCAUAACAAACACGUGGAGCUCGGUCCCACACAGAGACGCUUGCUGUCCUGGUCGGACGACUGGAGGUCCAUUCUGGACAGCAAGCGGCAGCAGAAGACGGGGCUGCCGCAGUCGCCUUCUCAGUGCCAAUUGUGAGGCUACCUCAGUUUAUUUGGAAGAGUGAGGAAACGGUGAGAAGAAAAGUUCUCAAAUAAGAUUUUAGUUUACAAGAUGCGUCCAGCACGCCACACUGAGGCGAGCUGUUUAAAGUGCCAUUUGGACAAGUGACCCAGUGAUUCAGCUAGUUGGCACUGCUGCGUACUCCAUAGUUUUAGCCUUUUAUUUUAACAUCCAAGACUUGUUUGCCCACAGUCAUGACGAAAAAAAUACUUUGAAUAAUAGAAGAUUCAUGCUUCAUAGCAGUUACGGACUUGGAGUGGUGUCUUUCGUAAUUCAUGCUUUGAGCUCCAGGGCUGUAGAAAAAGCGCAAGUACAGUAAGCUACUGUAUGAAACACAGGAGUUUGCUGCUGUAAAAUAUACUGGCCACAAGGGAGCAGAGUAACACAAAGAAAGUUGUGAGUCCAAAAGCUGUUCCAGACUGAUAAGUCCUGGAAGUGGUCAAGCGGUGAUAUACAAACUGUAGUUACAGAAAAUAAUUUCAUUUUUAAACCUUUCAAAUGGUGCCAUUAAUCGAUAAUACUGUGCUGCAUCAAAGCCUUGUAACAACUCAUGACUCCGUCGUUCACCAAAAAGAUAGAUUCCGAACGUACCGAGUAGCUUAAAUAAAUCACUAUGUAUUUUCUUUGUCGCUGAGUGUUUCUCUAUACGCACACAGACAUACUGUAUAUGUGAAUUGUAAAGGUGCUCGAUGAAAGGUCAUGAAUCUUUUCCAAUCAAAUGUGCAAGUUUGUCAUGAAAUAUUGAUUAAAUAUUGUAUUUAUUGCUCAGUAUGCAGAGCUGAUGCACUGAAUUUAUUUAGGGAAAACAUCUAUUUAGGUUGAAGUAAAUGGCUAUAACAAGCUUUGAUGUGAAUCAAAGGUUAUUCUGAACACCUCAUUUUAUUGUUUAUGGGAAACUUUUAUGUGGGCAAACGUGCAGUGUAUGUAUUGGUUGAAUAGACUUUAGGCUUUCAUGUGUUGUUUUUUUUUCAUGAAACUGAGAGCUGUUGAGGAUAGACUGAAUUCAAGUUAGGUCUCCAUGGCGACAUUCAUUGUGUUUAAAUUUGGCAAUAUGAGUGUGAUUUUAGCUUCAGAAGAACAGAAACACUGUGCACUAUCCACUUUGUUUUCUUGUCAUAAAAGUCCUAAAAGCCUUUUUGGAAGCUGAAAUAUGUUUUGCUGGAAAUCCAGAUUUUGUUUUGAGCACAUUUGCAGCUGAAAAGCGGUGACACCGUUUAUUAUGCAUAAUUUCACAGCCGAUCACACUUUGUUUUCAAUAAAUCUUUUAAAAGCUGUCUUGUUGAUUUUAGUUCUUUUAUGCUUCAUCUCCUUUGUGCCUCCCAAGAAACCCUGUGUGUCUAAAGGUCAUCAUCUUUCAAAACAUCUCCUAUUCUCAUGGUAGUAUUAAAAAAUAAGAGUUUGGUGGUUGGAGUGGUUCAGUCCCAACUCUGGGUUUGGCAAUGACCUUGCUUUUUUUUGUACUUGCUUGCUUUGCAGUAGACUCAAGAUGGAAAAAAACAGGUUUCUUUUUAUGAAAUGAACAUUUUUUUCAAAGAAUUAUUUGUGUUUUCAUUACUUUUAUUGUCUGAUUAUUAUAUUAUGUUGCCUUAUUAUUAUUUUUAUUGAUAGUUUUCAUAUAGUCAUUGAGUGUUCUUAAAAGAUCCUUUUCAUUAAAAACAAUUCAAUAUGUUUUUAGCUGUGAACUUAGUCUUAACACCUCCACUAUCGUAUUUUAAGUGAUAUAUGCUGUAUAAAGUCACUAAGUUUGUCAUAUUGUACCUCAGUGAAUAGGCAGCGGCAUAUCCAUCAUAAAUAAGAAAAUGUUAAAUAAGUUGUAUAAAGUUUACAUAAAGUUAAAAUAUAAAACUAAUAUUGAAGUGUUCUGGUAUGAAUUUUCAUCACAGAUUCUCUGCCCUGUUUCUCUUCCAUACCAGGCCCCUUUUCCUGUUGGUCUUAGUACUGUUUAUCCGGAAGCCAGUUAACUCCCAGAGUGAAAAUAUUAGUUACUCCGCCAAGCAUAUGUGGUGUGUUUCUGUGCAAAGUGCAUGUAGUUACCAAAUUUUCCACUCACACUGGUCCUAGGGGGCGGCAACUGGUUCACUGCCUCUUUUUGCUUCUGCAUUGAUCUUUUGGACAGUUUUCCUGAGCCAGCAGAUGUGCAACGCCUCAACAGAGGGAGGAGUGGGAAUGUUCCAUGUUUAUGUUCCAUGUGGUUGCUCUUGCAUAUUGUUGGGUUUGUGCCGGAAGACUGGAUAUGUGUCAUAUCUGUGUCACUAGUGUUAGUUAACAGAACUGAAUUUGACUGUUGUAUAAUGACAAUACAAAUACGAAUGAAAUAUGGUUUGUAUCACUUGCAAUAUCAUGAUAUUAUGCAGCUGAAUAGACUGCCCAAUCUUGAAUGUUCAGACAAGAGAGGAGAAGUGGCCUGAAACUGAUCUUUGCCAACUACAGGGGGUUUUCAAAAGCCACUAUUGAGGGUUCACGUGGAUGAGUUGCACCAUGAAGGUAUGAGAAAAAAACAAGACUGAUAGAAAAGUUGAGAAGAGAAGGCCAGAGGAGUGUCUUUCUGGAUCUGGAGAAAGCUUGCUAUCUGCUGAAGUCAGGUGCAUCAGAGAAGUAUGUGAGGGUUGCGCAGGACAUGUAUGAGAACAGUGAGACAGUGGUGAGUUGUGCUGUAGGAAAGAUGGAGUGCUUCAUGGUGGUGUCCAUUAGGGAUCAGCUCUCAGGCCAUUGUCGUUUGUCAUUGUGACAGACAGACUGACGGAUGAGGUUAGCUGACAAUAUAGUGACCUGUAGUGAGACAAAAUGUAAGGUGGAGAGCUGAGGUGGAGGUGUAAGAUGGCAGGAAGACAAAGUUCAAGUAGUGAAUACAGGAUCACUGUCGCCCCCUGUGGAGCGGUGUUGGAAGUGGGGAGCAGUGCAUGGUUAUGCAAUGCACAAAACUGAGUAAGAUAAAAUCAAUAAAAAGUAAAUGCUACAUAUUUUGUAAAAUGCACACUGCCACAACAUCAUUUUGAAAUAAAUGAAACAUCCUUCACAAAAUUGAAAACUCGGUCGACCAAAGGUUAUCUCAGCAGGAACCAAGACACAGCACGUUCUCCCUGCACAAAGCCUCAAUCUCCCUCUUGUUCUUCUCUCUAGCCGUUGACCUUGUCCAGUUCCAUGUCCUUUUACUGUCAGACAUUGUGGCUUCAUACUGUGUACAAGGCUGUUGGUUGCUGAUGGCUGAGAUGCAGCGUUUCAGAAAACUGUGAGGUCAUUGGUUAGUCCAAUGUUUCACACAUACACUUCCAAAAUAGAUCCAGACCCACAUCAGAGAAAUUAACUGAGGGCAGAAACAGAACAGAUCCAUGUUUUGCACCAGUAGUUGUCUCAUUCGAAUCAGUGACCGUCUCUCUUUGAGGCUCUCUUGCCUCUCACCUGCAGUCACCGUGGAGCUGCCCACAACCGGAGAUAGGGUUCAAGCAGCAUCUUCACUUCCGACAGCUCAAUGAUGCCUGCAUUUGAUAUAGUUUUUAUCCCACCCAGCAGCAGCGAGCCUACACACAUGCCGCUCGCCAAAAGAUUUACUGCCGGAAGUGCAGCCAAGUGCUGCCAGUAUCUUUCUAUUUUUUUUUUUCCAUAAGAAGUAGCUGUCAUCAGAUUGUUAAAAUCAUUUUAGAGGUUUAUUUAAAGAUGUGGAGCCCAUAUUACAGGCAGACAGAACAUUAAAUCAAUAAUAUUAACUGGGCAUUAGAACAUGAAUAUAUGACCAUGUUCUCACAUUGUAUACAUUCUUUCCCCAUAUGAGCGCCUUCAUUCUUCAGGCAUAUAUGUAUAACAUAUUAAUUAUUUGUUCUCCUUUAAUGGUCACAUGAUGAUGAUGAUGUUUAAUUGUCCAUGUUUUUUUUUUUCAUUUAGUUUUUCUCCCAACUGUCUUGAUGGAUUUUCAUCUUUUCUGCUUUUGUCUCAGUAUUUUGUCUGUGGCUUUUUGUCAUUAAUGUUCUGAAAAAGGUGAUUGAUUUUACUAAGGAGUUGAGUUGAGUUCUAUGUAUUGAAUUGCAUUUGCUGACGUAUGUGAGGAUUAGAAUCAAGAAUAUGUUUUCCGGCUUCGAAUUGAAAGGUAAUAUAAGAAUAUCAUAGCAGGAAAUCUGUUUUUUUUUUUGCUCAAAACAAUCCUAUGGUCAUCAUGAGCUGCAAAGAAAGACUAUUGAGUUCUGAGUGACUAGUGACUAGUGAACAAUAUCUAUAGUAUUUUUUUCUUUAAUCUGCGUCUCAGAUUUUGGUCUGUUCCUUUGUAGUCAAAUAAAUAUGACACAAUUUGUUUUUGGUUUUGUUUUUUCAAAAUAAUCAAAUUCCUUUCCUGAGCGUAAGUAAGUUGUGAGAUUGUCCAGGAACGGAUUUAGUAUACACAACAUCACAUGUGACAAUUUUUUGCAGCCCGCACAAGCUGGGGCAAGAGCUCCUAAAAAGGAAGCUGGCCAUGGUGGGAGCGAUGGGGGAAAACAAGCACCGGCUCCCAACCCGACUCCUGACUAUGUAGAACAGGCCUGUCAAGUUUUCCAA